AUGUUCCCUCUCAAAUACCUUAAGCAACGAGUUCCUUAUGCUCUUACAAUAAUGUUUUCGGCGUAUUUCAUAGGAUUAAUACCAAUUAUAAAAACGCUUGUGGACAGCUAUCAAUGCAGAUUUAUUAUAGAAGAACCAGCCACAUGCCAUACGAGUAGUGCUGCAACUCCUGAAGAUUACAUCAUGCUCAGAAGCAUACGCGUAGUAUGCACGCUGUCCUGUGUGUUGAUUUAUAUACCCAUUUUUGCUCGGAUGUAUAAGAAUAUACGUGCACACUACAGAAUGACGAAUCAAAGCACACGAAAUCAAAAGAAGUUACUGCGGAUGACGUUGACGAUUUCGCUCAUCACCUCAAACACGAUUCUCUUCUUCACUAUUCCUGAUAUUUUUUUGCUAAUUAAUCCUCGCUACAGCAGCAAUUUAUUUUUCAUAUUGAAUUUGAAUAAGGGCAUCAUAAAUAUCAUAAUAUUUCUUGCUACCCAGCGAUCUCUUCGUCAGGUUCUACUUGGCAGGUCGGACAACAGUGAGCUAAUGCUAACAACUACA